AUGAAUUUGCUAGAUCGCAUUGUAAUAUUCCGAGGCUGUGAGCCAUCAGUGAUUAUCACUUACGUCGCUCAUAUACGCGAGGUUUAUUUGCACGCUUACAACAAUCUGAAAAAAGGGAAUACUGCAGUACAAGAACGAAAUGCUAAGAUGCUCAAGCAAUGGAAAGAAAUAGAGAAACACUUUGCGAAGAUCAAGUACGCUAUGCGUGAUUGCUGGCCGGUCGGUAAUGAACCUGAUCUUCUAGCUGCUUACGUAUCUAUUGCACUGUUAUAUUCAUUCUACAAAGUCGUAUGUGAUGAGAGUAUCAUAAGACAGUGUUAUGAAGCGGUAAUACAUGCACGUCAGUGUGAUCACAGCAACCUUAGUGAGAUCCAGUUAACUGAGGUCCUGCAAUACUGCGAUAUUAUCGAAAAUAUCUUCCUUCUGCGCCACCAAACACCAACAAGACCAGUCAGCGAACAAAAGGUUCAUGAUGCUGCUACAUGGUUUGGCAAUACUGAACAUGCAGAGACAAGUGCCAGGAAACAGAAAAGCAAUCUGUCGCGUUUACCUGCCACAUAUUUGUAUGAUCGAUUUGAAUGGAAAAGUCGUGUAAGAGUACAAUGUGUGGAAGAUAGUGCUCAUUUUUUAGCUGAAUACGAUCGAUUGUCAGCGGUAGAUGACAAAGUUUUGAAUCACAAGAAACUAUUUCCUCAGGAAAGUUUACUUUCGAAUAGUGAGUUGAAGAGUAAAGAGGCGAAGAAAAUGCUGGAGUGUAAAGAAGUUGCGACCAGUUUAGAAGGAUUUCAUCCAUCUCCGUUGGAAGCUACCACAAGUGGAGGAUCAGAAUUCCUUCGUCCUGAAAAACUAAAGACUUAUCCGAAUUUGCAAAAGUUAAAAAGUUCGAGCGAUAUUUCCUUGUUUUGCGUCUCGGCAGAACGUUCGAUCAAUUCUAAUCUAACUGCUUCCUCUCCGCAACUUUCUGGCAGUCAUUCAGCAGUCGAUUCGAAACGCGACUCAAAUCAUAUUCAGAAAGUCACUACGGAUUAUUUUUCACCUUCUGUUGCUUAUUCACCAACUUGCUUAACACGCGACAAUUUUGAUGAACAUUAUUCUGAUCCGUUUCAAAACAUGAUCUAUACUGCAAAUUCUCAAAAAUGCGCAGAAAAUGAACAACAAAUGCUUGAUACGACACCUAAACUAGAAUCUUUUGCUAAGAGGUUUGCUGAAGAAAUUAUUCAUUCAGUGACAAAAUUGAGUGAAGAAAGUUUUGGAAACUAUAUGCGACAGAACUUAGAGACAGUAGAGGAGAGUACUAAUGUUUUAACAUCAACACUUUUAGCCUCAGAGAGCGCUUCAGAUUUUAAGAAGAAAGCAAUGGUGGUGCUCAAUAAUGACAAAGAAGAAAACACAAUAGAAAUAGAUGCACUCAGCAGAACUAUCCCAAUUUGUACGAAAAGAAUUCUAAAGGAAAAUAGCAUUCAGCAAGUUGAAAGAGUGGAACGUGUGCCUGAAACUGGUCAUGCUACUUAUAUCAGUGCUGAUGAACCAAAUGAAAUCGAAAAAGAGCGUUUUGGAGAGCAGAAGAAAAAAGUGAUUUUGGUUGAAGGUUAUACGGAGCUAGCGUUAAGGGAUGAUUACAAGACUGAAUCAGAAUUGUUUCAUAAUCCUCAACAAACAAAGCAUCAGAUCACUCGUACUCGUCACUCCUCAAAUGACUCUCUGACAACAGUAGAGUCAGGAUCCAUCACAACAAUUGCGUUUACUGGCUCUGCAAAUUCUUGUUAUAAAUUUAGCAAAGAUGAUAAGCAUGAAACUAACAGACUGGAAGAACUAAGUCAGAAGAUAGAUAAAAUGUUUAAAUUAUUCGGAAAUGAAAAUGAAAAUCAGAUGUACAUUGUGCUAGAUCAUUUUGCUGAUCGAAAAAAUGAAGUAACCGAAAAAGAUGUCAAGUUUGACCAGGUGGAGAAAUUUAAAAGACUGGAUCAAUCUGAACGACAAAAUUUAUCGGCAACAGUAGCAAAAAUUAGUCAAAAAAGCAAUGAUGAGUUAGAUUUGAACAAUAAUGUCAUUGAUAGCGUUGCAGUGAAAUUUGCAAUAGAACAAGUGAAACCGAAGAAUAAAAACGAUGCAGAUUUAGUACAGCCAAAGGCUGUCACGAGAGAUCAGAAAGAAUACAUUAUAACUGAACGCAAUCUGCGAGAUGUAAGAGAGGGUAAAACUGUUGUCAGUAUUACUUGUGAAAAUUUUGCAGAAGGAACGAUGGAUGGAAGUAGUAAGCUAACUGAAGCAUGCGGUAAUGAGCAAUUCACUAUGACGAGCUGUUGUGUUUCAGAUGCGCAGAAAAAUAGAGAAUGUGCAGAAACAAAAAUGAUAACAAAUAAAGCGAUUACAAAAAUAUAUUCAGAUGAAUUCGGUAGUGGAAUAAACUUUGAACCAUUGCAGAGCUUGAAUUACACUUCUGAUAUGCCUUUCAGUGAUAUCAGUCACCAAAUAGGAUCAAAAAGCCAACGAAUGGAUUCAGAAAUUUUUCCAGUUUUGAAAUUAGCUACACAUAACUUGCAAAAUUUUUCAAAUGAAAAUGAAUAUUAUUUGCGUGAGGAAGCGACGCUGCCAGUAGAAUUAUCGUCGCAAGUUCAACCAAUUGCUGUCGCAUCAAUCGGUUUGAUUGAAAAAGAAGGUACUGAAAAUACUUUUGAUGAAGGCUUAAAAGCAGUGAGCAACAAAAAAGCAGAAAAUCAAGUCAUGCUUGGUAGGAGAGGUGGUCCUGCUCAGGAAUCACUGCAAACUAGAAGAAGCAAUUAUGCUGCUGCGAACCAGAACGAGCAAGUAUUCUGUUGUAAUUUUUCUCUUGGAGAAAAGAACAAACAGGAAUGGCAAGUGGCAUAG